CAGCGGUUUGAAGCCGCUUCUCAUUCCAAAAACAACUGUGAACGUGAACGGUAACGUUUAUUACAACUCAAAAUAUUUUAAAUCGAUUUUUUUCACGUGAUUUUUUUGUGUGUGUGCAAAAGUCUUUCUUUGUGAAUGAAAUAAUACGUGCGAUACAGUUAAAGAAAUAAAAUAAAUAAAAAGCAAAAUUCAAAUAAAAACAGUGUGUGUUGUCAUAAUGACAGAAACAAAACAAUAAACGCAGCGACAAAAGGCGAUAAAACAGCAGCGAAAAAUGAAAGGCAACCAGCGACGGGAAAACUUUAAGCAAUUAAACAAAAUUUAGACCCAUAUAAAAUACGUUUCAACUGGCUAAAUCCAGAUAAGCGAAGCAACAAAAAAUAAUUUAAAAGAUUCUCAAAACAAUCAAAAAACAAAAAAAAAAAAACACAUGCAAAAACGAAACGAAAUUCAAAACGAACCAAUUUGUGGUGUUUAAUAUUUAUUUAUAUGCUAAUUUAUUUUUACAAUAAUUUGGUAUUAACCCACAAACCAACAACAACAACAGAAAUCGGGUGAAAGAUAAAAAGAAGCCGAAAAAAAAAACCAAAAGCACGCGCGCAUCUUCUUUAACAUCUUUGUUUUGGGAUAUAAAACAGCAAAAAUUAACCCCAACACGCCCAACAAAAACCACCGAAAAGAAAAAUAUAUUGUGCAUCCUGCAAAAAGAUUGUCGUCCAGAUUGGAAAGGACUUUUUUGACACUGCCUACCGCCCACUUCAUAUAUCAUUUGUCUUUAUGUGGCCUGAUUUGGGCGCUUGGCAGGAAUAAGCGAUCGAUUCCGGAGCAAUGGCACCGCCCCACUGCCUGCUGGCGGUCCUGGCGCUGACGGUCUUCCUGGGUGCCAACAACGGCCUGCCGAUCACCUCGCGACCCAUCGAGGGCAACGUGCAGCGGAUGGUGUGGGAGGAUUGGGUCAGCCUGGACCCCGAGCAGCGAAAUCUCACCAAGGAGAAGAAGGUGACGGCCAAGUCGAUAUUCACGCUGCCCUUUCGCCACUGUCCGCCGGGUCACACGCUGUACAACCAGCUCUGCAUACCGCAGUCCAACAUCGAUCCCACGGACCUCAUCAAACAGGAACUAAUACUGGCCGGCUCCUCGAACGGCAAUCCCCCACCGCCGCCCAUCGGCGACUAUGACUAUGGCGACGACAUGGAGAGCGAGGAGAUCGUCUACGAUCUAUCUGUCAUACCAACUGCCAUGCAGGAUAAUGUGGCGCCCAACGCAGGACCAGAGGAUCAGGCGCUGCCCAGCGAGGAUGCACCCCUCAAGUUCAAUAUAUUCGAGAAGAAAUUCCCCACGGGCACGGGCUCGGCCACGGGCACGGUUGAGCCCGAGGAGCUGCCACUGCCGCCGGACAUGGUGGCAGCAACACAUGCAAGUAGCAGCAGCAGCAUCAACAGUUCAGCAGCGACAUCUACCAGCACGACGGCAACAACAACCACGACGACAGCCGCCCCUGAGGGCAAUGCUGCCGGCAAUCGCAUUGCUGGGGGGGAUUUGCAGGCUGCUCCCAGCAAUGCGCUGUCCACAACGACAACAGUGGCCCACGGCAACAGCAACACCAGCAACGCCAGCAACACCAGCGAUUUUGGCCAAGUGGAGGCCAUUGUGUUGCCGGCGGGUCAGGCGCAGGAUGGCUCUGUGCAGCUGGUGACCAGUUCGCUCACCGAUGAUCCCGAUGACUCAUUUACCACGGCGAACGCCAAUGCCAAUGCGAAUGCGGAGGCCGAUCUGGCCCAGCUGCUCAAGGUCGACGCCUUUCUGCCGGCCUACGAUGGCAGCAUUGAGCUGCUGCCGCCACUUUUCAGUCACCGUAAGGUGGCGCCGCCUCUCACUGCCGACCAGGAUGCAAAGCCCAAGCAGACGGAUGAGACAGCCGAAGAGCUGCAGGAGGAGGAGCAGGAGGAGGAGACCACCACUGAUAUAGUGCCAAGUGAAGAGGGGGAGUUGGAGGAGGAGGAGGAGGAGGAGUACACCACAGAGACGGCAACAACCAUAACAGACGACACAACGGUUGCGGAGGCGUCAAUGGAUACAUCUCCUCCUGCCACCACCACCACCACCAGCACCACCAGCACCACCAGCACCAGCACCAGCACCACCUCCACCUUCAGCUCCAGCCAAACAUCACCACAUCCGCAAGAAGAACCCGAGAUAGAUGAACGUGAAAAUCGCCUGGUCUUGAUAAAAUCGAAAGUGCAACCGGUUCAGCUGACGACAACAACAACAGCGGCAACAGCAACAGCAACAGCAACAUCAGCAGCCACAACUGCAGCUGAUUCGAGCUCCACUGACCGGUUUCAUUAUCAGCAUUUUGUCGAAGAUGUUGCUGCUAGCAGCACAACAGCAACACCAGAGCUCAGCAGCAGCAAUAGCAGCAGCAGCAGCAGCACUGCCAGCGAACCGAUCGAGCAGAAUGAUAUGCCGGCGAGUGACAAUGACAAUUUAAUGACAAAUACAAUUGGUGGCCAGGGUGAGGAGGAUGAUGCAGUGGUACGUAAAGCCACCAGCUCCAGUGAAAUGAAUGCCCAACAGGAAUUGCGGCUCAUCAACGAGCUGGUAAAGGGCAAGCAGCGAAAGCAGCAACAGCAACAACAACAGCAACAACAACAGCAACUCAGGCCAACUAGCACAGAAGCAACGUCAACUGAGAAGGCAACCUACCCAAAUUGGUCAAAGGUGAUGCCGCAAUUAGGCCGAUAUACAAGUGAAGCGGAAACAACCACAGAGACAGCAGCAACAUCGAGCCAGGCUAAUGAGAGCAGCUCGACGACAGCAGCAGCAGCAGCAUCAGCAGCAUCAGCAGCAUCAGCAGCAACAGCAACAAAUCAUUUGAGUAUUACUAAUCGUAGCAAUAGAAAUAGUAAAAUAAUUAGAGUAGAACAGUUGGCUGAAGAGCCAGCAGCAGUAGUAACAUCAGCAACAUUAGCAACAUCUCCCAGCAGCAGCAGCAACCCAGAUGGCUACACGCCCUUUUGGUGGCUUCCGAGCAUUGGUUGGCAUGUAGAUCGCCAAGUGGAUCGCAAUGGAGAGGAUCAGUCACUGUUGCUGCGGUUCUUCAGCACAUUUCGCGGCAGCAACACGCCAGCAGCAGCAGCAGCAGCAACUCGCCGCUAACAGCAGCAUCAGCAGCAAAUUAGAAUCACGGCAGCAACUCCUGGCUCUUGCGAGCGCUUAGAGCCACAGGAUGUCGCUGGAUGUCGCUGGAUGUCUCGUGUAGUCUAGUGUAACUUAGUGUCGUGUCAGCAACAGCGUUUCAAUUGCGUGUUGAAGUUUGUUCACAGUUGUCUCACCCUUGCACUCAGCCCUUGUCAGAGUAAAUAUUUAUUGUCUUUUAAUGUUUUAAUCAAAUGCCAAAUUGUAAAUAGCAUAUCUGAGAGAAACACACUACUUAGCAACAACUUUUGCCCAUUGCCCUUCUUAUUUUUUCUUCUCUUCUUUUUUUUUGCCCUGGCAUUAUAUUAUACCAUACCUUAUACCUUAUUUUUUGUGUUAUUUAAACUGCUUUCUUUUUUUAAGUUGUUGAUUUAAUUUUAGGGGGACCUUUUUUUAUAUUACAAUAGUUUUAUAUGUGCGUGCUGCUGUCGUUGUUGCGAACCUUAGCAAUAUUUAAUUGUGAUUAUUUAGGCUUACGAAUUGAUUGUUAGACUUAGGUAAAUGUAUUUGUAUACCCUGAAUCUUUUGAUUUACAUUUUUUUUUAUUUAACUCCAGUCGAACUUGCACAACUCAAAGUCUUUUGGCAAUUUAACGCUGAAAGUCUCGACUUAUGGAAGUUCGACUGUAACAUUAUCUCUAUUAUAAUAUUACCUAAUGUAAACCCGAAGCAUUUGUUGUAGCUGUCUCUGUGUAUAUAGUGCAAAGGCCAUUCAAAUCGAAGCAUUUUCAAACGCAUCCACUGAAACAACACGAGUAUAUAUCCUUAGCGUGUAAGUUGAAUAGUUAUGCUAACCACUGUAAACAGAAAUCAAAACUAAAGCCGAAAAUAUAGUGUAAUGCAUGUAUAUAGUUAUA